AGAUUUACCCAAAAAAAAAAACUACUACCAACAGUGUUGCAAGAGCUCUGACAUGUAGGCGAUUAGGGCGACUUCUGAUAAAGUGGUGGAGAACUGGUGAUUCUCCAUGGUAGACGGUACAAUCUCCAUGAUGGAAGGGCUCGGUUGCAAAGCUAUUGAUUCCAAUGGAAUGAGAAGAAAGCAGAAGAACUCCUCUGAAGCUGCUCCUAUUCUCGGUCCUCAAAUUAAUUCGAUUCCCAUUCGGUCUUCUCCUUCCAAUCCCACCCACAAACCUUUCGAUCUUUGCCCUGGUGCUCUACCCCCAUUGGAUUCAACUACUAAUCCAUCUCCUUCAAGUGACUUCAAUUUGGGUUCAACUCUCAAAAAUGCUGUUCAUGCACCAUCUCCAGCUGGGUUUGGGGCGUUUGGCCCUAAAACGUUCAAAAACACUAGUCCUUCUCGGAAAUUAAAGCAAGUUUUUGAAGAAGCAUUAGUGGGGGAAGCAGAGGAGCGAGUGACCAAUCUCCUUGACAAUAACCCCCAGUUCGAGCGUCCACAAGGAAAGCUUUCUGCUGCAACUGUUGUGUUGCUGAUUUGUAUGUUGCUAGUUGUUUCUGCUGCUUUCAAGCCUUAUUCCAUUGCUGCUGUUUUCAAGCCAGGCUGCUACUACUGACCUGUUAGGAACUGCUACUGCACCUUUAGGCAGCUCUGCUGCUACGCUGCUACGUGUUCAAGCAAGCUGCUGCUGCUGUUCUGUUUUCUGUUAAUGCCUACCGCUGCAGUUUGCUUGCUACUGGCUAUUAUUGCUGCUGCCUGCUGAUGUUGCAGCUGCUGUUUGUUGUGCUGUAAUGGCGGCAAAUAGCUGCUGAUCUGCUGGUGGUGGUUCCCAUAAGGAGUAUGUUGGACAAGGACAAACAUCGCGCAUGCCUUCGGCAAGAUGUUGGUUUCUUUGACAGCCAAGAUACUUCUUCCACUACGUUCCAAGUCAUAUUUGGUGUCUCGUCUGAUGCUCAAUCAAUCCAAAAUGUUAUAGCGAAGAAGGUUUCAAUGAGAAUGUUGGAAACAUCUUGCAACUGUAGUUGCUAUGUGUGGCCAUUUGCCUUGCUGCUACUGUAGUUGGUUCAUACAACUGCUACUGUUCUUACAGUUCUUUGUUAUGGUUAUUGCUUGAGCCAGGAUGGCUUAUUUUAAAUCUGCAA